AAUCCUUAUUAGUUCAGGGUCAGGUAGUCACUGAUCAAGCUUCAAUCACUAAGGAAGUUGUUUCUUUUUAUAGUAAUCUAUAUUCAUCAACCCCUUCUAUGGAUGAUAGAACAUCCUUUUUUGAAUAUAUUAAAGACUUCAUUCCCCUUAUAGAUGAUGAUUUUGUAACACUGUGUGACGCAGACAUAACCUUUGACGAAUUAGAUAAAGCAGUAGGCAGUUUAUCUUUAGACAAAUCUCCAGGAUGUGACGGCCUUACUGCCAAUUUUUAUAAACACUUUUGGAGCAUACUUAAAAAACCUUUUAUGUUUAUGUUAAGAGAAGCAACAGAAAAGAUGUCAUUUCCAUCCACCAUGAAACAAGGGACAAUAAUUUUAAUUCCUAAGCCUGGUAAGGACCCCAAAAUAUUGGAUAACUUUAGGCCAAUUACAUUAUUAAACACGGAUUAUAAAAUUGUAGCCCUUAUAUACGCUAAUAGAUUGAAAGUGUUUUUACACAAAAUUAUAAGCGAAUCUCAGUCUGGCUUUAUGAAGGGAAGGUCUAUACACAAUAAUAUUCGUUUGGUGUUUGAUAUUUUGGAUUACAGACAUCUAAUAGAAGACAGUGGCUUUAUUCUCUUCAUUGACUUUUACAAGGCAUUUGAUUCAAUUGAGCAUCCCUUUAUUUUUGAUUGUUUAAGUUUGUUUGGUUUUGGAGAUAAGUUUAGAAACAUUAUAAGGUCAUUGUAUGAAGAUUCUAAUAGUUCGGUUUCUUUAUCAGGAGGUACUUCACCCAGAUUUCCCAUUAAUCGUGGUAUAAAGCAGGGUUGUCCUUUGUCUCCAUUUCUGUUUAUUAUAAGCACAGAGAUGCUUUCCAUCUUUGUUAAGAGCUCUAAAAUAGCUCCAAUAAAGAUACUUGGCCAGUCUAUAAUCAUUAGUCAAUUUGCAGAUGAUACUGCUUUUUUUUUGAAGCAAUUAUCAGAGGUUCCCAAAAUACUACGAUCUAUUCACAUUUUUUCUAAAGCCUCUGGUUUAAAAAUUAAUAUGACCAAAUGUGAAUUAAUGCCUAUCCAUCAAUGUCACUUAACUGCUGCUUAUAACAUUCCUAUAAAAUCUAAAGUCAAAUAUUUAGGAAUGCUUAUCUCAAAAGAUUCGUCUGAUAAUGAACCUAUGAAUGUGUGGGAAACGAUAGAUACAUGUCAAGUUAAACUCAACUCUUGGCUGUUGAGGGAUAUAAGUCUGUAGGGUAGGGUGUUUUUGACGAAGUUGGAAAGUAUUUCAAGACUAAUAUAUCCUGCUUACACAAUUGCUAUUUCAAAUAGAGCCAUCAAAAAAAUUAAUCAGAUGAACUUUGGUUAUAUCUGGAGAAAGAAGACCCAUUAUAUGAAAAAAGUACAUAUGAUAAAACAAUAUAAAGAUGGAGGUUUACAAGCUAUUGAUUUUGAUUCUAUAAAUGGGACCCUUAAAAUUAAUUAUCUGAAAUCCCUUUUAAAUCAAAACAGCUUUUGGUUUCAUAUCCCUAGAGAGUUAUUUAAAAAAAUAGGAGGAAUAGAGUUUCUAUUAAGAUGUGAUUUUAAUGUCCAACGUCUCCCAAUUAAAUUAUCUCAGUUUCACCAGCAAGUCUUGCUAUAUUGGAAGAUUUUAUACAACCAUAAUUUCACACCACACAAUACACCACUUUGGAAUAAUAGGUACAUUACAUUUAAAAACAAAUCAUUGUAUGAUAAGGAUUGGAUGGAGAAAGGCAUUUGGUCAGUGUUCCAUUUAAUGGAUAAGAGUGGUGUUAUAUCAUAUGAGAGUUUCUGUAUUAAAUAUUUUAAUUGUAAUUGGGCUAAAUUUGAAUCAGUUGUUAAAGCUAUCCCUAAUUCCAUUAUAAAUCUGAUGACCUUAAGUUUACCUUCACUGGUAAUUGAAGGCUGUAAAUUCAAAGAAGGUAAAUUAUCAAACAAAAAUAUUAGAAAUAUAUUUAACAAUAUCUCCUAUCCUAGCUUAGUUUAUAGAAAUUCAAUUUAUUGUUAUUUCCAAAAGGAUACCAUUCAUAGUCUUAGAACUAAAUAUUUAAAUUUUCCCUUAUCUCCCAAAAUUAAAGAAAUUCAUUUUAAAAUUUUAAAUGGAAUAUAUCCAUCCAAUGAGUGCUUAAGACUUAGAUUUGGAUUUGAUACUAACAAAUGUAUAUUUUGUGAUGAUAUUGAAACUACAGAUCAUUUGUUUUUUCAUUGUAUGUAUGUGGAGGCAUUAUGGUUGGACAUCCAUGACUGGCUUUAUUAAAAGGUACGGAACCUUGAUAACUUCACCUUAAAGGACAUUAGCUAUGGAUUUGUAACGAAUAAUAGUAAAGAUGAUCUUUUGGUAAAUAACGUCCUUAUGUUGGGUAAAUUUUAUAUACAUAAGUCUAAAUACUUGAAAGUAAAACCAUCAUUUUGUGCAUUUCAUAAUGAGUUUAUUCUAUAUACAAAAGCCCUAAAGGUGAUGAAAGGUAAAAAUGCUGUAAAUUUGUUUUCAAUUAUUAUAGAAUAUGAUUUACAAGAGAAAUUCUAGCCCCCCUGUAUGGAGGUAUUCUCUUUAUUUCUUUUCUUUCUUUUCUCUAUCCGUUUUAUUUUAUUUAUUUAUUUUUGUAUGCACCUGAUUUGUAGUAAUAUAAAGGUGUUUGAUUUUGCCGAGUUGUUUGUAUAUGAAUGAUUGUUCAAUAAAAAAAAAAUAAAAAAUGUCUGACCGGAAACCAGAGGUCCCGUCAGUAUACGCACCCGAGAACGAAUAACAACCGCAUUAAAGGUUCCGGUCCCCCCUACGCUGCAUUAUUAAUUCAUUAUUCCCCUCCUUUUCCUUUCAUUACAGGAUGUCCUGCUAAAUGACAAAUAAUAAUUCGCUGCAUUCCACAAGAUGUUAGUCCUAAUUUAAAGGCAUAAAACGUUUUACUGUUUAUAAGUACAUAUAUCACCAAAUGUGGUUGCACCAAUUUGGGUGCACCACACAAACAUAUACCUGCCAAGAUUAAUAUGAUAGUAACCACAAUACUAUUAAAUUAAUAAGCUUCAAUCAAAAAUGGAUUUAUAAUUCACAUUACAAUUAUCUUGCUGUUCAACAGAGGGAAAGAAUCUAAUUCCUAAUCACGUCUCACAAAUCACCUUGUACAGCAGUCCAUCAUUUGUCAAAUCAUCAACGAAUCAUUUACAU